AUGGACGCUCUCACGUGCGGCAUCUGCCUCGACCAACUCAAGGUCCCCGUCGCCACGCCCUGCGGCCACCUCUGCUGCGAGGCCUGCCUCACCUCCUACAUCGAGGCUAGCGCAGACGCCCUCAACGCCUCCUGCCCCACCUGCAGAGCCUCCUUCAGCAUAGCAAUACCCGACCUUCGUUUCGUACCGAAAAAGUACCACUCCUACAUCCUCCCCAGCAUCCGCCGCGUCUUCAUCUCCCCCAACGCCCAUGCCGACCCUGAUGUUGCCGCUGAGUCCCAGCGGGAGCUCCGCGCCCAGGUCGCCCGCCUCACCGACAAGAUCGACGCCCUCGUCCAGGACAAGGCCCUUCUCAUGGACCGCUGCGAGGCCGCCAUCCGCGCGAGCCAGGCCCAUGCCCAGGGUGAGCGCGACGAGCGUCUCGCCAAGGAGCGCCUCGACCGCGACAUGCGCGACCUCCGCAAGAAGUACGAUGGGCUCAAGGGCAAAUACAAGACUUUGCGGGCGAUGUGA